GUAGGUAUUAGGCAUAGGUAUUUAGUUGCAAAAAUUAUGUUCUUACCUCUUUCAUUUUAUUUAUCAUUCUUUCGUAGGCGUCGUUCUUUUUAUUUCGGUCGGAAUAAUCUUUAGAUUUAAUUUUCCAGAGUGCAGGCAGAGAUUUGUAUAAACUAAUUAAUUCAGACGUGAAUUCGCGAUUGUACGUACGCAAAUCUGCCAUUUUUGAGUGACGAUGACGAACGACCUCAUGAAACGACGAGCGAGCCUCGACACAAAGUACACUCGACUGUGGCUUGAACACUGAACGCCCAACCACACGCACAGACAAGUACGCGCAGACCGGGCUUGCGCAGGCAAAAUUUCAAGCAAGUCGAAAAAUGCGCAGGCCGCGCUGUGGGGUUGGCGCGUGAUACAGUUUUACCAACUACACGCACCGUGUUCCGUGUACAAACCGGCCUGCGCAGGCAAAACUGUGGUGAAGCUCGUGCGUGUGGUAGGCCCAUAACUGUGCCGUGUGGUAACGCACAAAGUGUACAGUUUUUUCGUGCGAGAUGCUUGCGCAGGCCAAACUGUGGUGAAGCUUGUGCGUGUGGUAAGCGCAUAAGGUGGAUCCCUAUUCAAUAGAAAACUAAUAAUAAAUUUACUACAGAUUUUAAACAAUGACGUAAAAUUAAAAAUCUUUAAAACAUCAUAGCAGAUAAACAAAUGAAAAAUUCCGCUUAAAAAGAGCCAAUUAUAAUAAAGUUUACCCUUCUUCUGCAAAGUUGCAAUAUUGGUUAAAAUUCCAAAAAAAAUAUUUUAUUCUAUUAUAUUCUUAGAGCAUCUAAGGAUUAUAUUACAUUGUUUUCGAUAUCAUAUUGACGUCACUAUUGUCAAGUCAAAACAGUCAUCUGCGUGCCGCGACUUUAUGUGAAUAAAAGUAGCUUGACGGUGUAUAAUGCCGGCGUAAUAAAGUGUCGGUAAAGAAAUUCUCAUUCCCCAAAACUCGAAGUUUGUUACGUUAUGUCAUUUGAAAUAUUUGAAUAUUUGUCAAUUGAUUGGUUGAAUUAUUAUUGACGUUCUUUCUCAUUGGUUCAUACAUCACUCAUUUGUAAUGUAAAACAAAGUUUGUCGGCGAACGCUAGGGGGCAUUAGUAAAAUGUCGGCGAAGUAUUUUUUUUGUCGUUUUAUUCCUUUCGUUUCUCAGUUUCGAUUUGACUAGAGGUGAUUUGUUCUGUUUUGAACUACGUUCCGUAAAGUCUCGUCAUUUUUAGAAAAAAAUAUUGUUUUGCUUGAAAUGACUACUAUGGAAGAGGAUAGUAGCCCAACCAACGAAGAAAUACCAGUGGGGAAUCCAGAUGAACUUACUAAGAAUCCGAUUGCGUUAAAAGAAUCUCAUGAACAGAUGGCAACUCUUGAUGUGCUAGUAUGUGGCCAGUGUCAUUCUGCUUUUCAUUUUAUUGAAGAAUUUAAAGAACACAAAGGUGAUAACAAUUGCACAGGGAAAUCACCUGUUAGAGAUAGUAAUGAAAGCAAAGCGCAAGUAUGGGCAUUUCUUUUGUGGAAGUGUUCAUCAGCACGAGAUGGCUCUGUCAUUAAUACUGACAAUAGCUGGAAGCUGUAUCAACAGUGGUGUCGGAUGCCUGAAGCUCAACGCACAGCCUGGAUUACGGCUGGAUCAAAUGUCCAAUCCCUUUCUAAAUUUGCACAUGCUAAAGUUAUGGAACUGAAAACUGAAGAUCAACUUGUACCAGUGCAAACUCCUGUACACCAAUCACCUGACACAAAGCGACGUGGAAGACCUAAGAAACAAACAAAAUCUCUUGAAGAUGAUUUACAACCUUCUGGUGAAGAAAGUGAUGGCUUGAUUAAAACUACUCCACAGAUUAAAACUACACCUGUUAUAAAUAAACCACCUGUGUCAAUAAUUAAAAAGGAUAAGGACGCUAUGGACAGGGAGUCUGUUCGCAACGCCCAGGAGCGCGUGCCACCCGAGGAGCGCAUCGCUCGGCGCACAGAGCGCGAGGGCGGCGACCCUUCCGAAGCGGGCGAGUACGUGGUCGAGAAGAUACUCGCCAAGCGGUUCAACCCGCGCCGCAAGCUCUACGAAUACCUGCUCAAGUGGGAGGGAUACCCGCAUGAACAAAACACUUGGGAACCAGUUGAAAACAUGGAGACUUGCAAACAUCUUCUGGAGGCAUUCGAGAAACAACUGGCUCGUCAGAAGGAGCUCAAGGCAUUGCGUGCUCAGCAACAACAACAACAACAUCCAGUACAGGUCAAACAAAUCAACACUCCCUUACCACACGUCAUCAAGCAAGCUGUAAAGACAGUCGAUAGUCCUUCAUUGACUCCAACAGGUCGUUUACAACGCACGAGCAAAGUUCGCGCCUUAGAUCAAGUGAAGGCUUGGUGCGGCGCCGAAGACGAGCCGCCCGCCAAAAAAAUAAAAAAGGAAGCUUCCUCGGAAGACGAUACCUACUCGGAUGCAGAUUCUACUAAAGCUGAAAAGAAAGUAGUGAAUGGGCAGUCUUCACCAAAAUCAGCGAUUGAUCCAGAUCUAGUAAAAUCAUUGGGUCUCAGCGGAAAAGGAAUGCCUAAUAUCAAAGGAGUCAUAAAAGUCGACCCUAAGCAUAUGCCGAAUCUAUCAACUGGCGUGUACAUAAUGUCAAAGAGUUCAGGCAUAAUGAAGAUUGAUACGCCAGGAAAAAUAGGACCAGGACUUAACAUUGAUCAAGAUGUGAUAAGAAAACAAAUAUUAGCUGCCAAACAGAAAAAGACAGAAGAAAUAAAAAAAGUAACUUCGUCGCCAGUGCAUAUGACAGGGACUCCUCAGGCAAAGCUGGCAAAGAAAACGUUCUCGGCGACAGGGCAACAAGUGACCGAGAAGACUAUAAUCACGCCGUCGGGCCAGAAGAUCAUCAAGCGGACGAUACAAAGGCCAGUAGGAGUAACUCCCACUGAGAAAUCACCAGUGGCUAUACUUAACAAGAAGCUUGCACAGGGUGAUAGCCUUCUCCGAAGAGGCGGAAUGAUCCGAGGCCGCGGCCGAGGCUCGUACCCCUCCAUCGCCACGGCGGGCGGUAACAUUGUACGCAUUCGGGAAAAGGUGCCCAUCAGCUUGGACUUCGAUCGGUCGGACGCGUCAUCGGACACAUCGGACGGUGUAGACGAUCCGUUCCCCCGGGAACUUGGUCCUAUUCCGCCGCCAAGCCCCGACCGGCCGUUGACUAUAUGCCCGGAGACUGGGAAGAGAUUGGCCCGAGCAGAGGGGGAGCCCACGCCCCCGCCUACGCCUUCGCCUCCGCCUACGCCGCCGCCCGCGGAAGUCGCCACCCCAAUGCUUAUGAAGGUAGAAAUGUCUCCCGGCGGCACGACCGGUAUGCUUGUGCAGGGUGACGGAGCACAGCCUUCGUUGCCAGUCCUAACAGAUGAGGAUGGUUCAGAGGUGAAAGUGGAAGCGAGCGCAGUGAAACAACUGCUCGAAGAAGGCGUUGGCGUAGAUGAAGGCGAAGAAGUUGGACUUUUGCAUUCGGCACACCCUCCGAUCAUGAUCCGAGGCGAGGACGGAGUUCUAUACCAGGUGGCUGGUGAAAACGAAGCCGGGCAAACUUUACUAGUGGCCGCGGAGGGCGUGGAAGGCGCCGUUGAGGGCGUGGAGGGCGCCGUCGAGGGCGAGGGUGACGGAGUGAUGUACGUCACCAGGGAAGACGGACAGGACGUGCUAGCGAUCGACCCCGCGCAACUAGCGCACUUAAUGCCGGGCGGUGGCGGCGACGCUGCGCCCGCUUUGCAGCAGGUGGCCGUGCAAGUGGAAGGGGAGCCCGGCGAGGACGCCACGCAGGUUAUCGCGCAGUUGCUGCAGGCGGACCUACCCUCGCCCGGCGGCACACGGCGAGUUGUACUAUUACUGCCCGACGGCAGCUUAACGAUGACGGAGCUAGACAAAGAACAAUACGAGUCAAUAACUGAAGCUAGUAAAGCCCAGGAAUGAGAAACAUGCAUUCAAGAUAAUGUGUACAAAAUGUUGUUGACUGAUUAAUAGAAAGGUUAGACAUAUUUAACCACCUGGAUUGGUUUAUCUGCAGAUCCUUGGUAAAUGCAUUUGACGACAACUUAAAUGACUAAACAUACUAGUAUAUUAGUAACAAACCAGUUAAAAGAAAACACUGCUAUUCAACUCCUGUUGUAGUCUUAACAUAAGGUUUCCUUCAGCUUUCUGAAAAUAAACAAUAUUCUGUGAAUGUUGUUUUAGUAUAAAAUAAAACGAUAGAACAGUCCAGAUUUUUCCUCAAACUGAUUUCACCUAGAAUAUAGAUUCAAGAAUAAAUCAAAGUUAAUAUAUAACUAAUUCAGUUAAUUGUAAAUAUUGAUAUCAAUAAAAGCAUACUAAUAAGAGGCGGCUGAAAUAAACGCCGUUGAACGGACCCUUAUUUGUGUUUGUUUUUCCGAACAGCAAUCAUAUUUUUAUCUGGUCACCACAACAUGUAAUAAUUCUGUAAUUGAACUAUGGAUCCAACUAACCAACAGCUUUUAGUUGUAAAUCGAUAACAUUUUUGUCAGUCUACUCUGAAGAUUUGCUGUGUAACAGAAUCGUGUUUCCUAUAUUGAUAUAAUUGCACAAGUAACAUAGAUAGUUUCCAUUAUUUGUACUGUUUAAUUUAUAAAUGCCUGUAAAUAAAAUAUUAAAUAUAUUUUUAAUCGAAAAUGAACUUAGUAAUGACGCAGAACAUUAACUAAAUACAGUAUAGAAAAGUAUACAGUUACUUUUGACUAGUCACUGUGUACAACAUGUGGUGACUUCGUCGAUUCGAAUAUUACUUUUAUUUGCUUGUGUUUUCUUAAUUAAUAGUCAUGACAUCAAUAUUUGUCUUCUUGAGCCAGAAAAUUACCCAUCGCACCCAUUAGCUCUCUUCCCAAAUGUAGUAGUACCUACCAGUGAUUUUAAACUAACAAAAUUUAAUAGUAAAUCGACAUGAAAUUAAUAAUUUAUAAAACUGUAGAAACUAUAAUGUAUACUUGAUUCUCAUGUUACAGUGACAAUAAAUUAGAAGAUAUUAUCGAUAACACUUUAAAGAAACCUGUUGAUUCAAACCAAGUAGUAACUUGUAUAGGUAUUACUUUUUGUAUUUGUAGCAGUGCUCUACAUUAAAAAGUUGUUAUUUUGUUGAAACGUGACUACAUCUGAAGACGCUUAAAUGUUGUAUCCUCUUUUAUACCAUUUCACUAACAGAUAUUUUAACGGGCAUAUAAAGUAAAUUGAGACAAUAUUAUUGUUAUAUACUGUCACUGUCCUUCUUUCAAUAAAAAGCGUGCUGUAUUUUAUAUUUUUUGUAAGUUUGUUGUUUUGAGAGAUGUCAGUAUGUUACUAGGGUAUAGAAUGGAAAGGAAAUAGUUGUAAAAUUAUUGUUCAUAGGUAUUAAUUGCUGUAAAUUAAGGAAUGAUCUAAAAAGGCAUAUAAUAUUGCAUAAAACAAUAGAAUGUUAACAUAACCACAGUAAAUUGUCUUCAAACUUAUCCAAUUUGUUAAGAUAUUUGCAUUCUAAUAGUGUAAAACUGUAUUACUUAAACGACUGCAACUCUAAAGCGGUCAAAAAAGAUAUGUAAAUGUAAACUACUCACAACCAGUAAUUGGUGUGUAUAUAAAACUUUUUAUUGUUGCAUCUGGCGCAUUCAAGCAUCACUAUCCAACUCAUAAAAUUUUGAACUUUAAUAAAGUAGAAUUUACUUCAAAAAAUUGUAACGCCGCAUGUCCAUAAGAGCCAAUCUAUCUAUGAACCGCACCUCUUUGAGUGUGUCGAGCUAAGCGAAAUCCUAUUUAGUCCACACGAGCACUAAUAACGGCAUUCCGCAGCCUGAGCUGGCUUUCACUGGUUUCACAAACAAAUUAGAAAUAAUAAUGAAUACGAACUGCGCUAAAAAGUGGUUCCAUGCAAACUGCGAACAAGUGGGCGGGACGGAAUUGGUUAGGAUUUCCGUUUAAAGUUAUCUUACCCAAUGAAUGGAUAGCCGAAUGAAAUUAUUUGCAUAUUUUUGAGUUGUCAAUUUAUUUUGAUUUGUCUGUGUGCGUGUCGCGUUAGUAUUAAAAUUAACUUGUAUUAGUUAGAACCAUAUUUUAGGGGCCUUUUUCA